AUGAGUGCCUUGCAGAAGAUCGCCGAGAUAGAGGCUGAAAUGGCCAGAACGCAGAAGAACAAAGCAACUAAUGCACACUUGGGGCUGCUCAAGGCCAAGCUUGCCAAGCUUCGAGCAACAAUUGUCUCCGAGGGCACAAAGGGCAGCGGCGGAGGCGGAGGACAGCAAGGUUUCGAGGUCUCCAAGACAGGAGAUGCCCGAGUAGGCCUGAUUGGCUUCCCCUCUGUUGGCAAGUCGACCUUGCUGAACAAGAUGACAGGGAGUGCUAGUGAGGUUGCUUCCUACGAGUUCACCACCCUGACAUGCGUUCCUGGCGUUUUCAACUACAAGGGUGCCAAGAUCCAGUUGCUGGAUCUACCUGGUAUCAUCGAGGGCGCCAAGGACGGCAAAGGCCGUGGUAAGCAGGUCAUCAGUGUGGCCUACAGCUGCAGUUUGAUUCUUAUAGUUUUGGAUGUCAUGAAGCCAAUUCUGCACAAACGAAAGAUUGAAUACGAACUUGAGGGCUUCGGGAUACGGCUCAACAAGAAGCCCCCAAACAUCUUGUUCAAAAAGAGGGAAAAAGGAGGCGUUGCGCUCAACGUGUCCCCAGGCUGCGUGCUCAAGGACUGCGACGAGGAGAGCAUCAUGGGUGUUCUUCGUGAAUACCGCAUCUCGAAUGCCCAAGUCUCGAUUAGAUGUGAUGCCACCAUGGACGACAUCAUCGACACUCUUGAGGGCAACCGAAAGUACUGCCCCGCCAUCUACGUCAUGAACAAGAUUGACCAGAUCACAAUUGAAGAGCUCGACAUCAUUGCCGAGGUACCCCACCACGUGCCCAUUUGCGCGCACCAUGAGUGGAACCUCGAUGGACUGAUCGAGAUGAUCUGGAGAUAUAUGAGUUUGCUAAGGAUCUAUACAAAGCCCCGAGGGCAGAUACCGGACUACACUGCUCCGGUGAUUCUUCCAGCGGAGAAGAACAAGAUAGAGGAUUUCUGCGUGAGAAUACACAAGUCCUUGCUGUCGCAGUUCAAGGUGGCGCUGGUGUGGGGCAUGUCUGCAAGGCAUAAUCCUCAAAGAUGUGGGAAGGACCAUGAGCUGAUGGAUGAGGAUGUCGUGCAAAUCAUCAAGAAAGUGGGAUGA